UACGACUUACUUCAUUUUUUUUUAUUUUUAAUUAUUCGCAUAGUAUAUUAUUUAUUGUGUUUCAAUCAGUUUUCUUAUUACUCUUUUGAACUAUUUAUAAAUUAUUUUUUGUAUAAUUUAAUUUAUAUAUAAAUUUUUAUUUUAUCAUAUAGUUAAUCUAUAAAAGAUCAUUCUUAACUUUAGAUGUAAUUUAUUGCCAACAUUUAAAAAAAUGAGUGAUUCGUCAACAUCUGCUAUUAAUGACAACAAAUCUAUUGAUGUAAUCAAUGAGCAAUAAUAAAUUUAAGCAUUUUUACAUGGUAAACCUAAUUAAUAAAAUAUAUUUAAGUGAAAUGACUCAUAAGAAUCAAUCUGCAAUGAAAAUUUAUAUAAUGAAUUAUAAAAGAAAUAAAAUUGUAUUACAUUGUUUUCUAAUGUUAUUAAAACAUUGCAUGGUCUUAAAACAAGAAUUACAUGAGACACAGCUUCAAUUAAAAACUAAAAAUGCAUUUAUCAGUGAUCUUCAAUAUGAUAUGGAACAGCUUCAUAUUAUAGAAGAUCAAAAUAUUAGAUUAAAAGAAGAAGUUUUUAUUAAAGAAUCAGAUCUCAAACAAUGGACCAUUAAAUACUCAAAUUUAGAAUAUAAACUUCAAGAACAGCAAAAAGAAUAUUCAUCUCAAAUUGAAACACUUAAUAAUCAAUUAGCAGAAUUAAAAGCAAGGAAAGAUAUACAGACAAAUGUAGUACCAGUAGAUUUAAAUGAAAGUAUUAUCACAGAGUUGAAAACGGAAUUAAACAAUAAAAAGGAAAAAUAUGAAGAAAUGCAAAAUAUGAUUAAAGAUCAAGAAAAUGUUAUUCUUGAAAUUGAUACUUUGAAAAUUAAAGCUCUCGAAGAACUUGAAAAUGUAAAAAAUCAACUUGGUUUUAAAAACAAUCAACUUAAUGAAUGGAAAGAAAAAUAUGAAGUAUUACAAGAUGAUUGCAAUAUGUUACGUUUACAAAUAAACAAUACAAAUAGUUUAAAUGAUCAUAAUAAAAGAGGGAAUUCCUUAUUUGCUGAAGUUGAUGAUAAGCGGCAAGCAUUAACAGCUGAAUUAGAAACAAAAAAAGAGAAGUAUGAAACAUUAAAAAAAUGUUUGUCAAAAGCCAAUCAUGAUAAUAAUCAAAUGAAGAUGGAAAUUAUGAGACUAGAAAAACAACUAUUAGAAUCUGAAAAAACUGAUGAUUUGGAAAAAUCAACCUUGAUUCAAAGUUAUAAAAAUCGAAUUAGUGAUUUAGAAGCAAAAGUAAGAGAUUUAGAAAAAAGGCCUGAUACUCCUCAAGUUUUACAAAUAGAUAAUUUGAAUAAUGAAGGCAUGAAUGUUGUAUUGCAAAUUGUGUCUGAUGUUAGGAAAGAAAAAAAAGCUCUUGAAGAAGAGAUGAAUAGAAGAUCUGUUAGAGAUAUGGAAGCUAGGCAACAAUGUUUCAAAGGUGAAUGUGAAAUCAGACAACUUAAAAAAGAAAUGAGAAGAGACAAAUUACAACUAAAAGAGUUGGAACAACAAAUUUCUGCAUUAAAAGCUAAAAUAUCAAGUACCAAGGAAAACCAUAAACUUGAUGAUAAAUAUAGUAGUAGUAAAGGCGUACAUUUUCAUGAAAAUUGCAAGGUAGAAGAUGGUGGUCCAGAUAUCAAACAAACAAAAAAAAUUCCCCAGCCAGCUGUUUUAAACACUAUAAUGUUCCCUAAACUCGAAGAGAUAUAAAUUUAAAUGAUAUAAUUAAAUUUUUCAUAAAAUAUUUUUUUAACUUUUGUAACUUUGUAUUAAUAUUUUAUGUUGAUGUACACCUAAGUAAACAUUUUUUGAAAUUCAUGUAUAUAUUAUUUAUUUUUAUAUUUUUAUAAUUUCAUUGUAUUUUUAGUAAAUUCUGUUAAAAGC